UCAAUUCACGAAGUAUCAGAACUUUCUUCUAAUUCAUUGUUGGUAACGUGAGGUGUGGGAAAUGGGAAUUCAGGCGAAGAACGUCUUGCUCACUUCAAAUGGGGAUGAGAUUUCUGAGAACAUUGCUCUGAGUUUAGCCAAACAGGGCUGCAGGUUGGUUUUGAUGGGUGAUGUGUGCCGUCUCACUACUGUUCGAGACAAGAUAGUGGGUUGUGUGGAGGCUGUGGUGCCAGUGGAGGUGGUUGGUUUGGAUAUGGAAGAUGAUAGAGAGGGAAUUUUUGAUGACGCGGUGAAUAGGGCUUGGAAGAUGUUGGGCAACUGUGAUGCUUUUGUGCACUGCUACUCUUAUGAAGGAAAGAUGCAAGACCCUCUGCAGUUGCCUGAAGAUGAGUUCAGAAAAAUAGUAAAGAUAAAUUUUAUGGCUGCAUGGUUUUUGUUAAAAGCUAUUGGCAAAAAAAUGCGGGACUGCAAAUCAGGGGGUUCUAUUAUAUUCUUGAACUCAAUAAUUGGCGCUGAGAGAGGACUUUAUUCAGGAGCUGCUGCAUAUGGUUCUUGUUUGGCAGGAGUCCAGCAGCUAGUCAGGUUAUCAGCUUUGGAGAUUGGAAAGCACAACAUCAGGGUUAAUGCAAUCGCCCGUGGCUUGCACUUGGAGGAUGAAUUUCCAAGGUCAGUUGGAAAGGACAGGGCAGAGAAGUUGGUCAACGAUGCAGUGCCCCUGCAUAGAUGGCUUGACGUUAAAAACGAUCUGGCCUCCACUGUCAUCUAUUUAAUCAGUGAUGGGUCACGCUAUAUGACUGGUACCACCAUAUAUGUGGACGGAGCCAUGUCUAUAACAAGGCCUCGCAUGCGGUCUUAUAUGUAAUUCCUUGUUGAACGCACACGUUAGCAUGGUCUAAUAGAGACAUUUACCUGUUCCGCAAGACAUCAUAGAAACCAGCAAAUAAUUUCCUUGUUUCAUCUAAUUUCCUUGUUUCAUCUAAAAGGAGGUGUUGCUUUUUCAGAAUACUGAAACAAACAAUAAAAGCAGUUCCUAUUGUAUUGCACUUCCUGUUUCUCAACUUUUACCAGUUUCUUUUGCUUUGGAAAAUAAUGAAUUGGUGGAUACCUU